GGCCUUCCCCGCCCGCCCGCCUGCCCCAUUCAUUGGGCGGCGGAGGCGGAGCCCCGCGGCCCGCGCGGAGGUGUAAAGACGCGGCGAGAAAGCGCGGAGGUGCCAUGGCCACGCCAGCCGCGGCUGCCGCCGGCGGCGCCGCCUCGCCUCCCGCCUGAGCCCGCCGGUGCGGGGCCAGCCUCGGCGGGGCCGCGGAUUAGUAGUGGUGACGUUACUGCUGUGUGGGGGAGACAUUUGUUCAAGACCAUAAGGAUGCUGAGGAAGAUUGAGACUGCCCGUGGGAUGUCACUUUGCUGUGAGAAAGGCCCAAACAAGAAGAUGGGGUGCCAGGGAUUUAUCAAUUUUGGAAACCAGCUUCUUCGCCGAAAAAAUGUGGACUGUACUCGAGAAGACAGUCGGCUUUCACGAUGCCUCAACACGUUUGACUUGGUGGCUCUGGGUGUAGGCAGCACUUUGGGUGCAGGUGUCUAUGUACUGGCUGGAGCCGUGGCACGAGAAAAUGCAGGACCUGCCAUUGUUAUCUCCUUCUUGAUUGCUGCUUUGGCUUCUGUGCUGGCUGGACUCUGCUAUGGAGAAUUUGGUGCUAGAGUACCUAAGACGGGAUCAGCUUAUCUCUACAGUUACGUGACCGUUGGCGAGCUAUGGGCCUUCAUUACUGGAUGGAAUUUAAUUCUUUCCUAUGUUAUUGGAACCUCCAGUGUGGCCAGAGCGUGGAGCGCAACAUUUGAUGAAAUCAUAGGACAGCACAUUGAAGAAUUUUGUAAAAAAUACAUGACUAUGGAUGCUCCUGGAGUGCUAGCGAAAUAUCCAGACAUCUUUGCUGUUGUCAUAAUCAUCAUUUUAACAGGGCUUUUAAUUUUUGGAGUGAAGGAAUCUGCCCUGGUGAACAAAGUGUUCACCUGCAUCAACAUUCUCGUCCUCGGCUUUGUCAUGGUAUCAGGCUUCGUGAAAGGAUCUAUUAAAAACUGGCAGCUGACUGAACAGGACAUGUACAACAUCAGCCACAGCAUUUACGGAGACAAUCAAACACAGGGAGAAAAACUUUAUGGUGUUGGAGGGUUUAUGCCCUAUGGAUUGAAUGGAGUCCUCUCAGGGGCAGCCACGUGUUUUUAUGCUUUCGUGGGAUUUGACUGCAUUGCCACCACAGGUGAAGAGGUAAAAAACCCUCAGAAGGCCAUUCCCAUCGGCAUCGUGGCAUCUCUGCUCAUCUGCUUUGUCGCUUAUUUUGGUGUGUCAGCUGCCCUCACGCUCAUGAUGCCUUACUAUCAGCUGGAUACAAAUAGCCCUUUACCCAAUGCCUUUAAAUAUGUAGGUUGGGAUGGAGCCAAUUACGCAGUGGCUGUUGGUUCAUUGUGUGCGCUUUCGACAAGUCUCCUUGGCUCCAUGUUUCCGAUGCCUCGAAUAAUUUAUGCUAUGGCAGAAGACGGACUUCUCUUUAAAUUUUUGGCUAAAGUCAGUGAGAAGAGAAAAACUCCAAUAAUUGCAACAGUGACAUCAGGGGCUAUUGCAGCUGUUAUGGCCUUUCUGUUUGACUUGAAAGAUCUUGUGGAUCUCAUGUCUAUCGGGACUCUCCUGGCUUAUUCCUUGGUGGCAGCCUGCGUAUUGGUACUGAGGUAUCAGCCAGAGCAGCCUAUUUUGGCAUACCAGAUGGCUAGAACAACAGAGGAGACAGAUAACAAUGAGUCUGUAAGCACGAGUGAAUCUCAGGCUGGAUUUCUGCCAGAGGAAGAGGAGAAGUGUUCCCUCAAAGCCAUACUGUGUCCCCCAAACUCAGACCCUUCCAGAUUCUCUGGCUAUGUGGUGAAUGUCUCAACCUUCAUCAUUGGUUUCCUUAUCGUGGGUAGCUGUAUCUUGACUUCCCUUGAGCCAAGCAUUCUGAUAAAGACUGUAUGGAUUAUUGCUGCAAUCCUUGUUCUUAUUGUCAGCUUUAUUAUAUGGAAACAGCCUGAAAGCAAAACUAAGCUCUCCUUUAAGGUACCUCUUUUGCCUCUUCUUCCUAUUGUGAGUAUUUUCGUGAAUGUUUACCUCAUGAUGCAACUAGAUAUAGGGACAUGGAUACGAUUUGCAGUCUGGAUGCUCAUUGGCUUUAUCAUCUACUUUACCUAUGGAAUAUGGCACAGCGUGGAAGCCACAUAUUCGGCCUCAGCAGAUACAGAGAGAAAUACGGACACUGGUUCAGACAGCUGCAAAUGACUGCCUGUUUGGCUUAAGGGCAACUGGGGAAUCGCUGCAGUGAAGGAAGCUUUGUUUGAGGAACCUGAAGUGUUUCAUCUGGUUAGUAAGUAAUGCAGAAAUAAUGAAGCAUUAAGGUGGGAAUCCCCAGCCUUGUUGCUACAGCUUGCAAUUUGCUUAGUAGCACAGUUAAAAGGGAUCACAAAGAAAAAGCCACACCUCUGGCAUACUCCCGACAACACUGUCAGCUAAUCUGGGGCUACGCGCUUCCCUUCCUCCCUCUCUUGUUUUUUUGCAAUGUAUGGAAAGAAAACUGCUUCUGUGUGCCAGUUAACCUUAAAUGCUGCUAUGAAACCAGGCCUCACAAAGGUCCUUCUUUCAGUAGCCCUGUGAAUUACCUCCCCACAGAUACUCUACUUGAUUAUAAAUGGAGCGGCUCUUGCAAUGCUAGUGUCAUGCUUAGAUCAACUGGUUACUUCACCUGAUGUGAGCUGUACCACAUGUGUACACACAAAAAAGGCUCUCACCAAACAUACGCUUUCACCUAGUUAAGAAAGCAUCUGCAAGAUUUACAUUCUUUAAAGUAUCAGGUUUCAUGGUUUUAUUGUAUUUAACUUUUUUUAACUAAUUAAGUACUCAUAUUCCUUACAGCGCACUGCUGCUGUGAAAUGUUGGGAGGGUUGUGGUUGCUCCUUGUCAGGUGAAUGGCCAUUUGCAAAUGUGCAGGUAAUGCAGAACAGUGUUUCUGCUAACUGUACACUCAGCAGAGGGGUUUACAGGUUUAGUCAUAAAACUAUUUGGUGCAAGUACUUGAAUGGUUUUAAUAGAACCGGUGUCUCCAAAGAGCCUUCCUACCUCUUCAUGUCAAAACUUGUCAAUACCGUGACUGAAAUGGGGGGGUGGCUAGCAGAAGUGCUUUUGAGCCCAGGUCUGAAAACAGGUGGGGCCCUAUUUUCCUUUCCAUGCAUCCAUUUCGUCUGAAAUCAGUAGAAUUUGCCACCAGUGCAGGCCACUUGAAAUAAGAAGAUAUUUGGCCUUGAGAAUUUGGUUUGGCAUCAGUAGGUGAAUCAUAUCCUAGAAAGAGAUGCACAAAAAGAUUCUCAGGCUCCUUGAAAUCCUCUUGUGAACGGAAUCCUAGAGUCUCACAACUUCUACCCCCUCUCCCAGGUGGAGGGCAUGAGGCUAUACAGUGACUCCUUCCCAGUGAUGCCAGUAGAGUUUGUAACCUCCUGCCCUAAAAAAUACUGCUAAACUGUAAAGUCUGGCUUGCUGAGACAAGUUUUGUUUGUGGCACUGGAGAUCAUCUCUGGAAGCAGAUUACUGACUUUGUCUGUGAUCUUACUUGGAGCAUGAGCCUCAGUGGGGCUCAGCUGAGCUCCCUGGUCUGUGUGCUUUCUACCCACAAAGAUCAAUAAAAUGUGCUCAAGUAUGAGGCAUGUGAUACUGUGUGAGGCUGAGGGGUGCUCUACUCCACUGGGACAGGAUCAUGGCUAGGCUUGGCGCUUGGUUAUGCUCCAGAGCUUGGCUGUCAUGAAAGGUGGGAAAUUCAGAGCAUGAGACAGGGGUCCAUGUUGAGUCAGCAAUGCAGAUGUAGCCUUGAUUUUGUUAUGAGCUGAAAGGUUUUUUAAUUCUCUCUAAUGUCCUUCCCCAGCCAAAUAAGCAACUCUAAAACAGGCUUUUUGAAGCAUCACAGUGGUGGGUUAUACCCAUGUAAUGGCACACAUUUAAAUUCAUGCUUUAACUUGUACUGAAAAAUAUAUCCCAAACAGAUAUUGCAGAAAUCCCCUCUCCCUACCUGAGUGGAUGCUGUCUUUCCUAGCUGUCCUCCACACUACUGCCUCUGAAUACCUGGUAAUCUUUACUGUAUUUGUCAGUAUAGCUCUCCUCUGAAGAAGGGAAGUGCUCUUUCCCCUAUCAUAUAGAUGCAGAGCUGCAGAAUAGACUCCUGAAUGAGUUGGCUGAGGUCUUUCGGGGAAUCUGGUGCAGCAGAAACAGGAACCAGAUCUCCCAGAUUCUACAGCCUGACCGUGGACCAUCUCUCUUGCAUCUCUCUUUCCAAGAGAGACUUACAGCCCUGCUACCCACUGAUGAUCUUGCCCUUUUUUUAACUAAACUGGGAGGAUUUUCUUCCCAGGGUUGGAAUUUGAUGGAAUUAAGUAAUGUGUGCAUUGCUUUGUGUAUGCAUUUCCAAUGCACUUUUCGACUGCAGUUCCAUAUGCAAAAUGAAAAUCAUGGUCUGCACCAAACACUGGAUCUUCAGUGUCUGCCAAGCCUUUUUUCCCUGUGCCUAUAUGAAGUCUUAUUCAAGCAGGGAGAGAAUAUCAAAACUGAAACCCACUAGGUUGAGGUCUACUUUUCUAAACACAAACUCAUCACACUCCACAGCCUUCUGAAAAGCACUGAAGAUGUAGUGGGAGGGGAAAAAAUAAAAACUCAAAAGGGAAGUUUCCCAUUGUACCAAAAAUGUAGGGAUGUUUUUCUCCACCUGAGGUACCAGCUUCUGAGCAAUUACCACAUUCAGCAUGAAGAUUUGAAGGAGGUGAAUUCUGACUGGAAGUGUAUUUCCAAAGAAAAUUAUUUAAAAAUAUGCAGAUUUCUUGCUGUAUGUAAUCUUUUUUAUAAAUGUUAAAUUAUUUUUAUUGUCUACUUAGGGAUCUGUUCUGGUGUUUCUCUUCUGUGACUUUAUUUCAGCUUUUGUGGCAUUUAAUGGCAACACUUAGAAGAACAGGAAAGUCUUGAUGGGGAUCAUUUUCCUUCAGUUUCCUUUUCUCUGAGAAAGUUCAUAGGAAAAUCUUUCACCAAAUUUUGUAUUUAAAUGUGCCCUUACCUGUACCAAUCCCAAAGCUACCAGCUGCAAAUGUACUACUGGGGUCAAGGCUCUUUAGCCCCAUCUCUCACUCCUCCAUCAUGAUUUCCACAACCUUAUUGCUCCUCACCAGAUACAAGAAGCUGGAGAGAGUCCACAACCCUGUGCACCCUGUGACAGGGAAGUACAGAUCUCUCCCUAGCUCUCUGUGUACCUGCUUCCCCCUUACUGAGCUGGCUGUGGGGACAUCCUGUCCUCCUCUCUGUGUGACUUGCCCCAGAGAGGAGAACAUGAGUAUGACACAGCUGCAGCUCCAGGCUCCUUCCCCGUCCUCCUCAUGGCUGCAUCUGCCCCUUGCUUGUACAUUUUGUAAGCUGAAAGGCAGAAUCUGACCACCUCUUUCUAGGACUUUGCUGAAUGGGUGAUUUUUUUUUUUUACUGUGUCCUUUGCCUCCCUGCUGAUGUCUGCAUGUGACAUAGAUCGAGCCAGGUAUCUUUGAACACAUGCAAAUGCUGCUAUAAUCUUGCUUUUGUGAACAAUAUGCCUUCAUUCAUUUAAGCUUUUCUUUGUAAAUAGUUUCAUAAUUAUUUUGCUUUAUUAUUCUAAGAAUAUUUUGUACAGAUGCAAAGCAUUUCAAUAUAUGAAGAGGUAGGACUAGAGAAGUGAUGCCUUUUCUGGAAUGCUUAGUGCAAGAAUAUAUCCCUCGCUGUCAAAGUUGAGAGAUGUAGUAAAAAUGGCCUGUCUGAUCUUUUAAGGGCAAGUUCUGUCCCGAAGGACUGACCUUGAUUUUACUGAAUUUGGUUAAAUGCAGUGUGCUAAUGUGAAAGGAGGUCUCGAGAGCAGGUCUCCGUAGACAGGGUCAUAAGAAUUGCCAGUGCCUCGCAGGUGGUGGUGGCAGUGGUGCGGCUGGGUGAGCUCCCUCACUGCAGCAGGCAGUGAUGUAGCAGAUCAGUAGUAUGUAGUCAGUCAGCCUUUCUCAAAGGACAAUUGCGAUCAAAACAGCCUUUUUUUCCCCCCAAAGUAAUUGUUUUGCAUAAAAAUUAUUAGCUUUUAUUUGUUUAUAACUUCCAUUUUUUGAAAUUGGUCGCUGAAAAUCGUUACCACCUGGGUUUCAUCUUCAUUUUGCUUUUUGUUGCCCCCCGCUUUCUUCCUGUUUGGGCACCAAGCUAUUCUAUGUUCGGCAUUUGCCGUCCUCUGUGGUUCCUCCUUGCUUUCAGCAGGGUGUUGAAAGCAGCAGAUGUGGCGGGGUUGGGCUGCUCUUCAGUAGGGAGCCCUGUCCUUGGCACUGCUGGCAGCCUUGAGCAUGGGGCUCAGAGCCUGCUUAGGGCCUGCCAGCGUAGACAUUUCCCAUCGGUCACACAGGGGGAGAGGGCUUAACCUCUCACAAAAACACUUUUUGAUACUUAAAAGACUGGCGCCACGCAUGGCAGAAGUGCUCUGCAGUUCUAGUUAUUGUUUAUAGCCAGGGUUUUGGAAGGGUAAAGUUUCCACUGGUGGUGCUUUCCCUUGGCACUUCUACCAUUUGCCCAACACAGAUGAAAACAAACCUUUAUUCGCAGAGUACAGAGGGUGCCUAUCGCUGGCUGCUUCACACAUGUAGGGAGCUGACUUCUUUCCUUUCCUCUUAACUCAGAGAACAGAAAGCAAUAUUGUGGAAUAUUAUGUUUGUAUUUUGUAAAAUCAGCUUCUCUAGUGAUUGCGUUUUAUAUAUUCAUCAAUUCCAGUGGGAUUUCUUGAAUUUCUGCUAGAACAAGAAUUUCUGCCCCAAGAAAAACACUUACAAAUGAGCAUUGUUAUCAUCUGUCCAAAUGAAUAAACGAUCAUGCUGGUCUUUCAGGCGUCGGGAACGUGUUUUGAAGGGAGGUGGGGCGAGUAAUGCUAUUUCUGUAGCAAGAGGUUGCCCUACAGUCUGUGCCCUGCCUACGUGCAUCUCAACACUGCUGCCUUUUAAAGAGUGCCUGUUGCCUCUUGCACAAAAACCAUCCUUGCUUCUUAGUCUUUGGAUACCCUUUCAACACCGUGAGCUUGUCUGCUAGACAUGAGUUUAUGGGCAGGUUCCAUUUCUUUAUUCCACUGAGGCCAGAACAUGUGGCAGGUCCCCCUCAUGUGCCACUGUGCCCUAGCAGGGUGUCCCCUUGGCAGCAGGGCUAGCUGGUGGGCACCCCACCAGAAAGCCCACAGGUAGGACAUAUGCCUUACAUGAAGGUCCCAAGCGAGGGACCGGGAUGCAUGCAAGGGAGAUGCCCAUCCUGGCCAUGGGAGAGGCUUCAGCCUGUGUUCACCAGUCCUCCCCAUGCUGCCUGUAGCUCUGCUGGCAGGGAGCUGGGUGCGGAUGGGUGCUCCCACGCGGGAGCACUUGGGCAAAGCCUGCCUCACCCCCUGCGAAGCAGAAUGGCGCUUAAAUACUGCAUACUUGUGUGCGUUGUUCAUGUAACACAAAUCUACUAAUCUGAGUCGGAGUGUGGAUGAACCAAGAGCUCUCCAUGAGGAUAGGGUGGAGUCUGUUUUACCAAGAUGAUGAGGUUUUUAAUGAAAUGCUAAUGACCAGGUGGUGUCGUGCACAGUAUUUCCUCUCUGAGCAUGAGGCCUGAUGAGAAUUUGAAGGUCAAUAGCUGUUGGCAUUACUCAUAUUUUCAGCCUGCUAGGGGAAGAGAGACCUUCAUUGCUGUUGUGAUGGAGGAGGGCUCAGAGCCUGCUUCGCAAGGGAAUGUGUCAGGGAAUGCUUCCAGGCCUCUGUCUGCCAAGAAGGAGCGUGUAAAAAGCAAUCAUUUCCAGAGCUGUUUUCACUUAGCCCCCUGCCUAUGCAGAGCUGAUUGUACGAUAAUAAACACAUUGUGCGAUGUCUGACACCUAACUGGAAACCAGAUGAUCCAAGAACAUAUCUGUUACCCAGAUCCAAACCUCAGUCUUUCUCAGGGUAUUUGCUCCUAGCUCAUGCUCCAGGAAGUGAGGUUAGUCUAAAACAUGGCACACUUCUAAUCAGUGAGGCAUCUUUUUCUCUCGAGGAUGUGCAGUGUAUUUUUUUGGUGUAGUAACUUCUGCUUUCGAGACGAUGGGACGGCUGUGACCUGUGUGAAGUGAAGAGUUACCUUGCUUUACGUUGUGCCUUUCGACUUCAGUUGACGUGAGGAGCACAAAGACUGAUGACAACCUAGAGCUGGUGCGUUAGCAAACCUAUUGUGAGUUUGGAUCAUUUCUUCAGUAAAGUGAUUUUUACUGUCUGAAGCCAUGGAAGAGUCUGUAUAUUUUUUAUUUUUUAAUUAUUAAGCAAAAUAUAUAUACCUUUCUGUUGUCUGUUUGAUGGUCUAUUUUCCUAAUGAUUUCUCAGAGUUUCUUACAGGUGUGAUCAAUAGUUUUAAUGCUUGUUCUGCAGACAAAUCUAUUUUUUAUCCUUUUUUAUCCUUCUUCUGGUCUUUUAGGUUUUUUUUUCCUACUGUAUUCAUGUAGCGAUGCAAGCCUUAAGUUUUAAAAUGUGAAACUUGCCCCCAGAGCACAGCAUGGGUGUGCAGAUACUUCUUAUCCUGGCAACACUGUAAAUACUUCUCCCCUUAUCUAUGCUUUUUGAAUUUGGAAAUUCACUUGUAGUUUUGUGGUACAGCAUUAAAACAUUUUCUCGAUAUUCAAAUAAAUUAUGCCUAUUGUUUACCCUCA